AUGUAUGUAUGUGUGAGUUUAUCAGUUUACGGCAUGAUGGAAACGGACGUGGACGUAACGCCACCCUCUUCGCCGCCGCCGCCAAGCUUUUAUGACGCGGAAAAAAAAUUUAUUCAGACAUACGAGAAACUACCGAUAUUAUGGGACUCGAAACACGAUCAUUACUUCAAUAAAUAUAAACGGAAAGAAGCACUGCAAAAGUUAUUAAAAAUUUAUAAAUACAUCAAAUCGACUGCGUCUAUUUACGAUGUGAGGAUGAAAAUAAAUGGGUUGAGAACGUAUUAUAGGAAGGAAAUGAAGAAAGUGCAAUUAUCUAAAAUGACCUCUAGUUCACCUCUCGAUGUUUACAAACCAAAAUCAUGGACAUUUGAAUUACUUCAUUUUUUAAACUCGGAAAUUAAACUGUCUUUGACUCGAAACACUAAUGAAAGCGAUAAUUCAGAACAAUCACAAGACAUUGUCAAUGAGAACAACGAGAGUGAAGCGCCAUCUACAACAUAUCGCCCAUCAAAGAAACCUAUUAGAAAUAUUAUUAUAAAAAGAAAGAAUAAGCCAAAGUUAUCAAGAAUAAACAAAUCCCACAGCCCUCUACCGUCGCAAGUAUCAAAUAUUUUCAAAGUUAAAAAUCCAAUUGCGUUUAUAUGGGCUGAUAAAUUAGAGAAUUUGCAACCACAACAAAGACUCUUCGCCGAGAAGGCAAUAAACGAUGUACUGUUCGAAGCCGAAUUAGAAAAUUUAGAUAGAUUCUCUGUAAAAAUUAAUGCGUCCAAGAACCAUACAUCUUACGCCGAGUGUUAUGUAUCCACGCGUAUGCCGUCACCUACAUCAAGUAAUAGGAAUCACAGAUCAUCCGCUUCUUCGUCAUUGAGUGAUGACGGCAAUGCUAAUGACUCGAUUAUCAAACGAGAGGAGCUGCAUAUAAGUGACUGAUGUUAGAAAAUAACAUGAGAAAGUUGGUUUUGUAAUUCUAAUAAUAAAUUUUUAAUUGGACUACGCUGCGUGUUACACAAUUGUGUCAUGUGAUUAACAUUUACAAAAAAAUACAAGAAUACAUGUGCUAUAUACAUAUCUAAGUACUUAUAUAAUAUCCCCUUCUUUUUUUCUUUCUUUAUUUUUACAACCAUUUCUGCCAGUUUCAAGUAUUUAAAUUUAAAUUUCAUUCUUUAGAAUAUCGUCAAGUUUAACGUUUCCCGCCUUUUUUGAUCACCAUGUUAUACAUACAUUCAACGAUGACUAUGUUGAAUCAACGACAAUAUUAGUGUAAUUUAAAUUCACUAAAUAUUUACAUAGCUCCACACAUUGACAAUUAAUCAUAUUGAAGUAUUUUUUAGAAGUUAGAAGUUUAGUUUGAAAGUUUAGUAAUAAUAAAUUAUUACUAAGCGAUAUUGGCGAUGACCAAAUAUCCCUUUAUUCAUAAAAACUAAAAAAAAAAAUACAAAUCUACUUUAAUUAUUACAGUCUUGGGUCACUUGAAAGAAUCAAAUUUGGAAUUCGGUGUAAAUGAAAGAGACAAAACAGUUCAAUAGCUAAAAUAGGUUUAUAAGAAGUUUGAUAUUUUUAUGAAUAAGGGGGUACAUUCAUAAAUUAUAUUACAUGUGUAUAUAUUAGAUAUUUGUUAAUUACAAUAAGACAUUUGUGUAGAUGCCAAAACGCGUAGCUGACCACAUCAUCCCAAUGUCGUAUGCAAGGAAAGCAAGCGAAGAUAAAUGUAGUUCAACUUGCUUAUUCAUAAAAACGUGAAAUGGUUCAUGAACUUAUUUUAGCUAUUGAACUAUUUUGCUACUUUCUUUUUAAUUAAAUUCCCAAUUUGAAAGAGAGUGAAAAAACAGUGUAACAGUUCAAAUAGGUUUCUAGAAGGUUUUGGUUUUUUUUUUUUAUGAAUAAAGGGUAGUUACUGUUUAUAAUUGCAAACGAUGCGAAUCCAAAAUUGUGAAAGCCUGUAUUAAUUCUAGACUCAAGUAUUUUAGUGCGAACCGAUUCGAAUAUGGAAUGAAAGAGGUACUGAGAGAAAUUAUAGACAUUAAAAAAUCUGAUUACUAUUUGCAAAUGUAGCAGGGACACUAGAUUGGCUAAUAAAAUUACAUGUGUAUAUAUUUGCCUGGAGGAGAAUCUAUAUCUAAAACGUGCGCCCAGGAUCAUAAGUGCCUGGGACCGGAGAGGAAGGAAGAAGGUAAACAUAUUGCUCUGUUUACAAACAUAAUGCUAUGUAUGCAGCUAUCUGCCUAAAGAUGAACAUUGUUAGAAUUUUAUUUGAUUAUAACACCACAUAAUAUAAAAAGUAAAAUAUAUCUUUGAAUAAACUGUUGGUGAUGUUAA